UUGCGCUUUGAAUUUUCAAAAUUUUUGGAUUCAGUUGAGAAGCGAUCGUGGUGUGUUCGGUUGGUGAUCUACGACCAACUCGUGAUAGCUUUGCUGGUGGUGUUGACUUCCAACUCUUCUAAGGAUUCGUUCCGGGCCCGGAAAUUAAAUCGUCCGUUCCUAAUAUCUUAUACUCGCGUAUUCGCUAAGGAAUUUUUUUUUAAAUAAAAAUAUCCAAAAAUGAGUUCAGUUAGAUUUCCACAGAGCAAAGUUGCACAGCUAGGAACUACGAAAUAUGGAACACUUGGGUUUUUCUGUUCAGCGGAUGAAGACCUAACUCCAGAACAAAUUGCAGUUCUACAAAAAGCAUUCAACAGCUUCGACAGUCAAAAAUGUGGAAGUAUCUCAACAGAAAUGGUUGCCGACAUCCUCCGAUUGAUGGGACAACCCUUCGAUAAGAAGAUUCUUGAAGAACUGAUUGAAGAAGUUGAUGAAGACAAAUCCGGACGUCUAGAAUUCGGCGAAUUCGUGCAGUUAGCUGCGAAAUUCAUAGUUGAAGAAGAUGCGGAAUCCAUGCAAAAGGAAUUACGUGAAGCAUUCCGGCUUUACGAUAAGCAAGGAAACGGCUAUAUUCCCACAACGAGUCUUCGGGAAAUUCUCCGUGAAUUGGACGAUCAACUGACAAAUGAAGAAUUAGACUUUAUGAUUGAGGAAAUCGAUACAGAUGGUUCAGGAACAGUUGAUUUUGAUGAAUUUAUGGAGAUGAUGACCGGAGAAUAAAGUGGAUUUAGAGCGAGGCUAUUUUAAUUUCUAAUUAUUUUUUUCGCACGGAACGAAGAAUGCAUCGUCGCAUUUUACUCUCAACUCUCUCAACUCAUUUCUAUUAUUAAUCAAUAAUUACUUUUUAAUUAUAAAAAAAAUAAAAGAAUCUGUUUUCUAAAACCCAAAAA